AUGUGUGGAUACAUUUCCCUCGUUUUCCUUUGGAUAUCCCUCCUUCUCUCUUUACCCUGUGGUUAUAAUGGAGAUAAGAUCCUGGUUUUCCCUGUUGAUGGCAGUCACUGGGUGAACAUGGAGGUGCUGGUGAAGAAGUUGCACUCUCAUGGACACGAGCUGAGUGUGAUUCGCCUGACGGACAGCUGGUUCAUUCAGGAGAAUUCACCUUACUACACCUCAAUUACAGUGAAGCUUAAAAAGAAAUACAUAGGCCUGGACCUGUUCGAGAACGCAGUCCAAAGGAUUCUUGAGGCCCGCAGGAAGUGCCCAAUGAUGGGAUUGCUGGUCCAGAUGUCAGAAUUUAUUGGCAUCAUAAAGGUUGCUCACACUGCAAACUGUGCCAUGCUCACCACCAUGCUGGAGAACAAAGAUCUGAUGACACAAAUAAAGAUGGCGAACUAUGACUUGAUGCUCACUGACCCUGCCAUACCUGGUGGGGUCAUUCUGGCACAACACCUCCAACUUCCAAUGGUCUAUAACGUCCGUUGGAUGAGUUUCGGAGAAGGCCACUUCUCCAUCGCACCUUCUCCCAUAUCCUACGUGCCUGUGCCCGGCUCAGGCCUAACAGACCGAAUGGGUUUGUUAGAAAGAACCCGUAACCUUCUACAUUAUGGGUUGAACCUCAUUCAAGAGCACUGGCUGGUGAUGCCCAUGUAUUCCAGCUUGUUGCUCAACUACUUCCCUCCUGGCGCUGACCUCCUUGCCAUGCAACGUUCGGCGGAGCUGUGGCUUGUCCAUUUAGACUUUGUGUUCGAGUUCCCACGACCCUCCAUGCCAAACCUCGUCUAUAUUGGCGGCUUCCAGUGUCGUCCGGCCAAUCCUCUCCCUGACGAGCUGGAGGAGUUUAUGCAGAGCUCAGGAGACCAUGGUGUGAUCGUGAUGUCUCUGGGAACACUGAUUGCAGGAUUGCCCCGAGAGGUCAUGGAGGCCAUUGCCACAGCUUUUGCUUGCAUGCCGCAGAAGGUGGUGUGGAGGUUUAUUGGAGAGAGACCUUCAUCGUUGGGCAAUAACACCCUACUGCUUAAAUGGAUACCUCAGAACGACUUGCUGGGCCAUCCAAAGACCCGUGCUUUCGUGGCUCAUGGGGGCACGGAUGGUCUAUACGAAGCCAUCUAUCAUGGGGUGCCAGUUCUGGGACUCCAUUUGCUAUUUGACCAGCUAGAUAACAUUGUACGUCUUCAGGCAAGAGGGGUGGCACGGAUUCUGGAGGCAUCUACUUGUACCACAGAAGAGUUUCUUGAAGCUUUGAGAGAUAUCUUAGGGAACCCAACAUAUCGUCAGAACAUGCAGAAGCUCUCCAGUUUACAUCAAGACCGGCCUCUGCAUCCUCUCGACAAAGCAGUGUACUGGAUCGAGUUUGUCCUGCGCAAUAAAGGUGCACCCCAUCUACGUGCUGAGGCCUACAACAUGUCUGUGUACUCCUACUACUGUCUAGAUGUAGCUGCAUUACUUCUGCUGACUCUGGGAGGUGUCUACACAAUAUGGAUACAAAGACGGAAAAGAGAGGCAAACAAGGCAGUGAGAGAUGGCAACAAAAAAGGUGUAAAGGAAGGCAGUAAGAGGCUGAAAGAGAGCAUUAAUGCUCUGAAAGACAGCAAUAAUAUUCCCAUUCCAAAACUAAGAGCAAGCAAAAGAAUUUAGUAAAUAGGCAAGGAAUCCAGAGAGCUAUGU